AUGUUCCGGAUGCUGGUCACGCGCUACGCCAGCAAACUGGCCAAGCCCAAGAAGCAAGCCUCCUAUAUGCUCCAGGAGAAGAAAGUGGAAACCGAACAGGUCCCGCUUAGGAAGCCAUCGCCAAGAAGAGCGAUAUUUUUCCAUGCCAACAACCAGACCACCAAUCCCAAGAGGUUUACCAUCUGCCUACCUCCACCCAACGUCAGGUAUCUUCACAUUGGACACGCCCUCACCGUCGCCAUCGAGGAUGCCUUGGUCAGGAAUAAGAGGAUGAGCGGAUAUGAGACUCUUUUUAUACCGGGCACUGAUCAUGCUGGUAUUGCCACCCAGACUGUUGCUGAAAAGAAAUUGUUCAAGUAAACAGGCAAAACACGCCACGAUCUUGGAAGAGAGAAGUUUUUGGAAGUUGUCUGGCAGUUCAAGGAAACGCAUGGAAACGGUAUUCUCAACCAGCUCAGACGCACAGCUGGUUCUAUGGAUUGGGACAGACUAGCCUUCACCAUGGACGACAAUCUCUCCAAAGCCGUCGCUGAGGGCUUCGUAAGACUCUUCUAGAUGGGUUUGAUCUACCGCGCAAACCGUUUGGUCAACUGGUCAACAUCCCUAAAGACCGCCAUAUCCGAUAUCGAGGUCGAGCACAUCGACAUCGAGAAGAGGAAGUUGCUGGACGUUCCCGGAUACGAUAAGAAGGUGGAGUUUGGAGUCAUUGUCCACUUCAAGUACGCCCUUAAGGAGGACCCCACCCGCUUCGUCGAAGUCGCCACCACCAGAAUUGAGACCAUGCUGGGUGAUACCGCCAUCGCCGUCCACCCCGAAGAUCCACGCUACAAGGACCUUAUCGGCAAGGAAAUACAACACCCCUUCAUCCCCGAUAGGCGCAUGGUAGUCAUUGCCGACGAAAUGGUCGACAGGGAGUUUGGAACUGGAUGCGUCAAGAUCACCCCAGCACACGAUCACAACGAUUAUGCUUGCGGACAGAGGCACAAGCUGGAGUUCAUCAACAUUUUCACCGAGGACGGUCUCAUCAACGAAAACGGAGGACAGUUCAAGGGACUCAAGCGAUUCGAAUGCCGCAGGAUCAUCGAGGAGGAGCUAAAGAAGCUGGGUCUUUUCGUUGAGAAGAAGGACAACAAGAUGCGUCUCGGUCUGUGCUCGCGCUCCCAGGACGUCAUCGAGCCCAUCAUCAAGCCACAGUGGUAUGUAAAAUGCUCAGAGAUCUCCAACAAGAUGAUCGAUAUCGUCAAGACUGGAGAGAUGAUCAUCCACCCCAAGGAAGAGGAAGACACUUGGUACCGCUGGAUGGAGAACCUCAAGGAUUGGUGCAUCUCCAGACAGCUCUGGUGGGGCCACCGCAUUCCCGCCUACUUCGCUUACAAGAAGGGAAAUAGGCCUGAACAGACCAUCUCCACCGAUAACUGGGUCGCCGCCAGGAAUCUGGAAUAGGCUUACGAAAAGGCUGCCAAACUGCUGAACCUGCCAAGGGAGGAGAUCGAAAUCGAGCAGGACGGCGAUGUGCUUGACACCUGGUUCAGCUCUGGACUCUUCCCCUUCUCUCCACUCAAGUGGCCAGACGUUGAGCAUCCCGACUUCACCACUUUCUUCCCCAACCAGAUCCUCUAAACCGGCCACGAUAUCCUCUUCUUCUGGGUCGCUCGUAUGGUCAUGAUGUCCGUAUGGCUGACUGGCAAAAUCCCCUUCAAGGAGGUCCUGCUGCAUCCCUUGGUCUGCGACUCCGAGGGAAACAAGAUGUCUAAAUCCCGCGGAAACGUCAUCGAUCCUUUGGAGAUCAUCGACGGCACCACUCUCGACAACCUCAUCAGCAAGGUCCGAAACAGCAACCUUCCCAAGGGAGAGCAAGAUGCUUCCAUCAAAAAACUUCGCCAUGAGUUCGCACAAGGCAUUCCUGAAUGCGGUUCUGACGCCCUGCGUUUCGGUCUUCUUUCCUAUAUGGUUCAGAGCAGAAGCAUCAACUUGAACAUCAACAAGAUCAUCAGCUUCAGGCAGUUCUGCAACAAGAUCUGGCAGACCUUCAAAUUCACCAAGCCAAAAUUCGACCUGAUCACUGAUUUCACCCGCCAGCUCAACCCCACCAAGCAAAAUUUCCUCAACAGCUGGAUCCUCGCCAAACUCAAUACCAUGAUCGUCGAAAUCAAUACCAGCUUUGAAAAGUACGCUCUCGGAGAAUCCGAACUCUUCUAUAACUUCUGGCAGUAUGAGCUUUGCGAUGUUUAUCUUGAAGCCACCAACCUAUUUUCAUCAACGGAAGCGCCGAAGAGAAAGAUCACCGCCCUCACUCUCUUCGUUUGCUUGGAGAAUGGAUUGAGAUGCCUUCACCCCAUGAUGCCCUUCAUCAGCGAGGAGCUUUACCAGAAACUCCCAGCCUUCCCCGGAAAGGCCAAGAGCAUCACUAUUGCUCCCUAUCCCACCUCCCUACAGAGCAAUUCGAAGGCACUGAGGCUUACUUCAAGUCCAUCGACACUGAGUUUGAAAAGGUGA